AUGCGAGUCUCCAAGCUCGUCUCGGCAUUAUUGCUUGGCACCGCCGCAGCUGUUGCUCCAAUCGAGAUCGUAGGCAGCAAGUUCUUCGACGAGAGCGGCAAGCAAUGGUUCAUGAAAGAUGACCCACUGGUUGAUACUGAUCAAUGCACCCGCGACGCCAACCUCAUGAAGACGCUGGGUACCAACGCAAUCCGCGUUUAUCACGUCGACUCCAGUGCAAACCACGACGGGUGCAUGGCAGCCUUUGACAAGGCCGGUAUCUACACCCUCAUCGACUUGGACACCUUUGACUCGUACAUUCUUCCUAAUACUCCUUACUGGAACGAGACGCAGUUCAACGCGUACGCCAAGGUGAUGGACAACUUUGAGAAGUACAACAACGUUCUCGGCUUCUUCAUUGGCAAUGAAAUCAUUGCCCUUCCUACUCAGUCCCAGGUCGCCCCUUUCAUGAAGGCUGCCGCGCGAGACAUGAAGGCCUACCGCGACAAGAAGGGUUAUCGCAAGAUUCCCGUCGGCUACUCCGCGGCCGACAUUGCUGAAUUGCGACCCAUGCUUCAGGACUACCUGACUUGUGGCGGAAAGCCCGAAAACAACAUUGACUUUUUUGGACUCAACUCGUACGAGUGGUGCGACCCAAACACGUACCAGACCUCAGGAUACACAAACCUGCAAGCCAUGGCCGAGAAGUUUCCUGUGCCCAUCUUCUUCACCGAAACGGGAUGCAUCACCGGCCAAGGCCCGCGUACAUGGGACGAUCAGAACGCCAUCUUCAGCCAGCCCAUGGUUAAUGACUGGAGUGGAGCCAUGGUUUACGAAUGGAUCUACGAGGAGAACCGAUAUGGCAUUGUGUCAUACGGACCCGAAGUCUCAAAGACCAUCACCGCUGACGACGUGUACGAUGGCUUUACCCGCAAGGGCACCCCAACCCCCAUAUCCCCCGAGUUCCAGAAUCUGCAAGCCAAAUGGGCUACCGUCACUCCUUCCGGAGUCGCGAAAUCAAACUACAACCCGACGAGCGUUUCCACCCGCGAUUGUCCCAAAGCCACGGGGGGUUGGUUGGUGGAUGGAGAUGUCCAACUUCCCACUCUCGGAGAGACAUUUAAGGGCAGUUUUUCUUCAAGUCCGACAGCAUCAGGGACUUCGGGCUCAAGCACCAGCGCUUCUGCAGCGCCCACACAAUCCGCUAGUUCCUCGGCUCCCGAGAGACCUUCGGGAUCUGGCACCAAGCAAAUCGCCGGCAUGACUGUUGGCUUGGUUGGUGUCAUGAUCUUUUUCACCGUGUGGAUGUAA